CUCGUCAAAGAGUUCAAAAUUUUACGAAUCCAGAAGCAUAUUCUCUUCAUCCAGGUGAUAUGGCGCGUACCAAGCAGACUGCUCGCAAAUCCACCGGAGGCAAGGCUCCGAGGAAGCAACUCGCAACUAAGGCUGCAAGGAAGUCAGCCCCCACUACUGGAGGAGUCAAGAAACCUCAUCGUUACCGCCCAGGAACUGUUGCUCUUCGUGAAAUUAGGAAGUACCAGAAAAGCACUGAAUUGUUGAUCCGUAAACUGCCCUUCCAACGCCUUGUCCGUGAAAUUGCACAGGAUUUCAAGACGGAUUUGAGGUUCCAAAGCCAUGCAGUUCUUGCACUUCAAGAGGCUGCAGAGGCCUACCUUGUCGGUUUGUUUGAGGAUACAAAUCUCUGUGCUAUCCAUGCCAGGAGAGUGACUAUCAUGCCAAAGGACAUACAACUGGCCAGGAGAAUUCGUGGUGAAAGGGCCUAGAUGUAGUGUUCUGUGCUUGAAUGGUUCUGUGUCUUUGCACCAUGUUCUAAUCUAGAUAUUAAUCUUCUUAUGGAGACAAUACCAUCUCACUUGUUAAGACAUAACUAUGAAUUCAUUCUUGUCGUUUUAGUCUGAUGUUGUCUUGUCGUUGUUCAUUGUUCAUUGAUUUGAACAUCAAACAAGGAUAACUAAUCUAGAUGUGCAUUAUUGUUGUAGUCUGUUGGAUGUUCAACUUAAGUCUGGUGCUCUGGAUUCACUUGUUGACAUGGUAUUCAUGUUUUACUACCUCAUGCUUAAUGAUGGACCUGUUUUUAGGGUAAUUGGGUAUCAUCUAGGAAGACUGUUAUGUUCUUGUAUGGUUGUCUUCUAUCUUCAAAUGUUCUGGCCAGUUCUAAUGUGGUUUAUGUCUCCUGCUGAGUUGAGAGUUCUGGUUGAUUUAACUGUUGAAGAUGAUGCAUCCUUGUUCUUAUUAUAUCUUUCUCUUAUGUUCAUUGCACAGACCCCUACAUUUGCUUGUGGAGUGGUAGAUAAGACUCAUAUAAGAGUUUCGGAUUGAAUCUCGACCUGAAGGAUAGCAAAGUGCUUUCUGGGCUUCAUCUUGGGCAUUAGGAAGGUUGAAUUUAUUCUAAUGAAAAAGGUUCUCAGGUUUUGGAAAUGAAGUUUUAAACAUACAUUCAAUCUGAAGACAAAACAAGCCUAUCUCAUGGUUAAUAUGUACUCUACUAGGAAUUGCAUGAUCAGUAAAACAUCCUGAGAAUAAUUUUUCUUUAUCAUUUCAUUUGCAUAAAGAUUAGAAUUCCCC